CACUAACUCCGAGAACAUUAUUUUGGUGUUGUAAAUUCAAAUUUCCUUUGUGAAAAGCAAAUUAGUCAGUAAUUGGGCUCCAUUCGAAGGACGUUCUUCCCAAAAAAAACGUUAAUUUGAUUUUUAAUGCGGUGCAAAAUUCAAGUACAAACAUAAUAAGGUAAUUACAUUCAACAAAUAGAAAUAGUUAUGGAAAUAAAUGUAUUGUCGAUGAAAAACUUGGCAUUAGGUCCUAUUGGAUGAAGUCUGGAUCAAAAAAUAGCUGUGCAUGCAAAUAUUCGCGUUUCUACGGGUAGAAUGACUAAAGUGACAGAUACGUGAUGAAUUUCUAAUUUACUAAUCAGCGAUUAUAGCUGUUAUCUAUAUUUAUAUAAACACAUCACAUCACAGUGGAAACCUUCAUAGUAUUAAUUGUGCAACAAUGCUAUGGUUAAUUGUGCUGGUUCUGCUUUUGGUGGUGUUCUACAAGAAAGCGAUUAAGCCGCUCUCUUACUGGAAAGAUCGUGGAGUACCCCACAAGAAGGCGUUACCCUUGAUUGGCAAUUCUAGUGUCCUUAUUUUCAAACACAAGUCAUUUCUGGAGUACGUGGAAGAUAUCUACAAUGAAUUUCCCAAUGAUAGAUAUUAUGGAUUACAUCAAUUUACCAGACCGCUACUUUGUAUUCGCGACCUUGACUUAAUAAAAAGAAUAACGGUAAAGGAUUUCGACCAGUUCGUUGACCACAACAAUUUCGUUGUCGAUAAUGUGGACAGUUUGAUGAGUAAAAAUUUGAUAAAUCUGAAGGGGCAGACAUGGCGAGACAUGCGGGCCACCCUUAGCCCAUCGUUCACCAGUCGAAAAAUGAGAGCGAUGUUUCUGUUGUUUUCCGAAUGCUCCCAGCAGGUGGUCGAAUUUUUUGAGAGAAAAGAUGAAGGUGUGAUCCAGGUAGAAAUGAAGGACCUUUUCACUCGAUUCACCAACGACGCAAUCGCGUCGACGGCAUUCGGGUUUAAGUGCGACUCCCUUACAAACCAAACGAACGAAUUCUACACCAUGGGAAAAAAGGCCACCACCUUUGGAGGGAGUAGAUUACUCGCGAUGUCUUUUCUCGGCAUGUUCCCGUUCCUUCAAAGGAUUAUCAAAUUUGAUAUAUUUCCAAACAGCGUUUCUAAAUUUUUCCGGCGAGUUAUCAAGGAAGCCAUCGAUAAGAGGGAGAAUGAAGGUCUCGUUCGACACGACAUGCUUCAUCUGCUGCUAGAAGCUCGCAAGGGAGUAUCCGUACAGGAAGAACCGGAGCUCGAGGAUACCGGAUUUGCUACAGUUCAAGAAUCCAAAAUUCACCACGGAAAGUCCACCAACCUUAAACUGACAGACGAAGACAUAACCGCGCAAGCACUCAUCUUCUUCUUUGGUGGCUUCGAAACGUCCGCCACCUUGUUGUCAUUUAUGGCUUACGAAUUGGCACUGAACCCUGACAUACAAGAAAGACUGCAAGCCGAAAUUGACGACACCUUGCACGAGUGUAAUGGAAAAUUAACAUACAACGCGCUACAGUAUAUGAAAUAUAUGGACAUGGUCGUUUCGGAAACGUUAAGACAGUGGCCGCCUGGUUUCCAACUGGAUCGCCGCUGCGUAAGAGAUUACGUGAUCGAACCGGAGAAACCCCACGAGAAACCUGUUACAAUCGAAAAGGGAAUGAUGAUAAUUAUUCCAGCCGUAGGCAUUCACCGCGAUCCACAACACUUUGAGAAUCCCACCAAGUUUGAUCCAGAACGGUUCAACGACGAAAACAAGGUUAAAAUUAAACCCUACUCCUAUUUACCUUUCGGUUCCGGUCCAAGAAACUGCAUUGCCUCUCGUUUUGCGCUUUUGGAAACCAAAACGUUAAUGUUCCAUAUUCUGGCAAAGUUUAGUAUGGUGGUGAUCGAUAAAACACAAAUUCCCCUAAAGCUUGAUAAGGCGAGACUUUCACUGGUUGCUCAAGAUGGAAUUUGGCUUGGAUUGCAACCCCGAAAAAAAUAGAGACGUGCCCUCGGACCUACCUUCUUGUCAGUGGCUGCAAGGUAAAGACGCUGCGAGCCCCACAGCCCCAAAUACUUCAGCCAGACAGUGAAUCGUUCUGGCCGCGUAUGCGGCCGAAAAGUGUGGAGAAGACAGUACAAUGGUUACAAGCAAAAGCAUCAAGCAUUUUUGUAAUGGGACUUUGGUAAACAAAAAGAUCUUCACUAAAAACGUGUUAGAAAUGCUUGAGAAAUAUUCUUGCUUUUAGAAACAAUCCUCUUUUUUGAAAUCGCCAUAGAAACUCAUCAUGCAAACCUUUUGAAAAUAUCGAAAUGCUCCUACGAAUCAUGGCUGCAAACUCGUUAGGAAUCCUCUUCCGUGGAAUACCUCUCUUUAAAAGUCAUAGAAAUAUUUUCGAAAUCUUUAUUGAAAUCAAAUUCGAGAACAUUCUAGAAACACCCUUAGAAAGAAAGUGUUUAGGAAUUUACUUCUUUUAAAUAUUUCUUCCUAGAGCUUUCUUAAAAUUAUUCUUCUUGGAAAUUUCUCCAUUAACCUACUUAAACAUUUCUUUACUAGAAAUUUGCCUGAAACCCUCAUUCGGAAUCUUCUUGAACAUCUUUUUAGGAGCCCAUUUUCUAGGAAUGAACAAUUCCUUGGGAGGUACUUCUACAAAUUUAAACCCGCAUUAAUAUGUGUUUUGUAAUAAAAUCCAUAUAAUUCCCUAUAAUUCGAUAAUGGAACAUCGUAUUGAAACAUUUUUCUAGAAAUCUUCUUGAAGAUCUAUUGAAAAAUCGUCGUUGGAAACAAUCUGCUUGGAGACCUCAUUAGAAACCGCCUUCAACAUUUUAUGAAAUGUUAAUUGUUGGGAAUAUUCUUGAAAAUAGCUGUAGUUUUGGGUAUUUUCCAUGAAUCUCCUUAAAAGUUGCAUACUUUUUUUUUCGAAACUUUGAAUAUUAGAAUAAAGGUCCGCUAGGGUCUAGGUAUCGGGUGAACAUAUACCUUGGUAGGCCAAAAAUUCUUUCCUUUAUACACCCCUUUAUCUUGGUCCUAAUAAAAUGUUAUUUAUCAAACUUUUGACCAUGCGUGACAAUGAUAAGCGCGGAUACUGCAGGUGAGCCAGAAGGGAAACCUAAGGGGGCAAGCUGUCACUUACGGUUACGCAUCUGAUUGGUUCUUUCAAUUUAAUUUGAAUGCGAUCGCGAUCUCUUUUGUUGAAAGGACCAAUCAGAUGCGCUUAUGCCAAGAAACAGAUAAAAAAUUGCGACGUCGUUUACUCCACUACAAUACAAUGGCGACCCCAGGGACUAUUUCCUCCAAAACUAAACAGAUCCAGCUCAAAUUUGAAAUGGAAAACAAUGAAAUUGUGAAAAGUUUGUUUAAUAGUCAUUGCUCAUCUUAUAAAGAUUGUGAAAGUUCGUAAAUUUAAGUCGAAAUAAAUUAGAUUGCAAGAAUAAGCCUUGAAAAUGGUAGUUCACUAAAUAAACAAAAAUAGGCUAGAAAAAAAAAGAACUUACCAAGAAAAAAACCUGCCGAUAAAUUAAUAUUAAGUUGUGUAGCCAAAUUGUUUGUUUGUAAUGAUGUAAAUACAAUUAUAACAAUAUUAACAAAAUAUGUAGGCUUCGAGAGAUGACAUACCUAUAUCUUAAAAACAAGUUUUGGGAACAAUGGGUCAGGUAAGCAGGUACUAAGAUUCUGAGAAAGGGUGAAAUUCAGUGUUACGAAAAAAUAUGUGGAAAUCAAUGAAUCGCAACUCAUAUAUCACACAUUGAUUCUAAUUAUCUCGCUCCCGAGAUAGAUAACUCGCCCCUUGUUCGGGGUUUCGAGCGUACAGUUGAUUGUCGAGAUCAGCCCUGGCAUUGAAUGUUGUAACUCAUUUGGUUACAGUUUUGCUACCUCCAUGACCGUCUCUUCAAGAUGAAAAUGUUAGUUUACAAACAAGCGUUUGCAUCUGAGGGUUAAAUAAUGCCCACUGAUAGGUGUCAAUUGUCACGAGGGCUUUAUUUUGUUGCAAGUUAUUGAUUAACAAUAACAAAUGACCUCUCUUGUUCUUAAGGUGAAAAUUGCAAUCAGAAAAUUUAUCUUGAACAAUAUAGCAAUUAAAAUCAUUAUGCAUUCGACUUGCGCCAAAAAGGGUUGCUAAAAACUUCAUCUGACCAAUGCAAUGACAACAACAGGAAUGGUUAACUUUCGAUAUUUUAAUAAAAAAUAAACACGGAAAAUAUUCAGACACUUAAAAAGUAUGCAGCUUCUUAGUUAUGGGUAUUUAAUCUGUUGUUAUGGCAUAUUCUAAUGGAAUUGCUUAAACAUUAAAUUUCUACCUAGCACAGACUUGAGUAAUUACUUCCUAGAUAGAAGUGGUCAUCUUUUUCUUCAAUAAACAAUCAAUCAAUUUGUACCUACUUGUUAAUAACUGGUACUUUACGCACAAAUGGUUUACGUUGACACAAUAAAUAGUGGAAAUCUACUGAGUUCGAUUAGCUUGGAUUCCACGAAAAAUAAAAACUCGAAUAAAAAUGGUCACAAAC